AUGCACGUGCCGAAUGAAAUGAAGAUCAGCAAAGGGAAGCUCAAGAAUUUCCGAGUGUACAACGCAUCCCGAAGUCGUGCUCGAGCUCAAGGAAAGCCUCUAAUGGCUAAAACAGAUGGGUGGCUAAAGAGUCAAGUUCUCCACAAAAGUCUUGAGGAGGAGGACUUUACGUGGCACAUCAGCGACUUGUGUUUGUACCACCGGCACGUUUUGACCGGCGGGGUGAUCAUCGGAGGCUAUGUGGACGACCUAGCUCGUCAGAGUGACGACAAGCCACGCGGUGCAGGCGUUUUUGUUAGCCUCUAG